AUGGCGUCUGAGCAACAGAGAGUCGGUAGUCCUGGUGACGAGUCUGUUAGUGGUCUCCAUCUCAAAGACAUUCCUCUGACCACCGGCUCUGGUUCCAUACUUUGUGACGUCUCAACUCCCUUUCAUCGCCCUUUCGUGCCCACCUCGAUGCGUCGAGCUGUAUUUAAAACUUUGCAUGGACUCUCCCACCCUGGGAUCCGAGCCUCUCAAAAGCUCCUUGCGGAAAGGUUUGUCUGGCCUGGCAUGAACAAGGACGUCAAAGCUUGGGCUCGGUCGUGUCUGAGCUGCCAGCUCAAAAAGGUGCAGCGUCACAACAAGUCCCCACCAGGCACUUUCCCCAGUCCCGACGCACAGUUCAGCCAUGUGCACCUGGGUGUCGUAGGCCCCUUGCCUCAUUCUAAUGGUUUCACCCACCUCCUUACCUGUGUCGAUCGAUAUACUCGCUGGGCUGAAGCUAUUCCUUUGCCGAAUGUUCAGGCCGAAACUAUCGUGAAGGCCUUCGUUAGUCGUUGGUUCGCCAUGUUCGGUGCCCCAUCCACGGUUAUGACUGAUCGUGGUGCCCAGUUUGAGUCGGCACUCUUCCAAACGCUGCUCAGUUUUCUUGGCUGCACAGGCAUUCGGACGACAGCCUACCAUCCAGCUGCCAACGGUAUGGUUGAACGUUUCCAUCGUCAGCUAAAGACCGUCCUGCGUGCCGUCGAAGACCCAGGAAACUGGUCGGACAACCUUCCUCUUGCACUCCUCGGCAUCACCUGCCAGGCGAGAUGA